AAGAAUGUAACAUGGCGGUCGCUAUGUCGAUUUUUCAUCGUAGAAGUUCUGACUUGUUUAAAGCUCUUGUAAUUCGCUUCCCAAAACAGUACUUUUGUUCCAUAGCUGGUGGUAACGUGGAUGAAGGGAAAGAAAGAAGUUCUGAUCGUUUAGGAUCUGAUUCACACGGAAAAGAACUUGAUUUGGUUCUUGCAUGUUUACGAGUGGAUCGUGUUGCAGCUAGUGGCUUUGGUAUUGGAAGAAACAAAAUAAAAAACCUCAUUGCUUCCAAAGACGUUUUUGUCAACAAACUCAACACAAGCCAGUCUGACUUAGUUAAUGAGGGAGAUGAAAUUGAUCUCACAAGAUCAAAAGAAAAGGACAAAGUGGUUAUGUCACGAUUCAAGGUGUUGACAAUCUAUAAAGAUCUUACCAAGAAAGCAAAACGACGCCUUGUUGGAGUGCGGUAUGGCAGUAUGAUCAUAUCAAGAGAGGAGUUUGACAAAGAUUAUGCUCACCCUUCAAAGUGAGAAGCUUUGUGAUGCAAAUAUACAUUUAGAUGCCAUCAAAAUGGAUACAAGUGAACUUGGAAGCAAAUGACUUUGUGGUCUUGUGUCCUUUUUACUCUGGCUUGCAGCACUUGGCACAAAUUGUUGGCAGAGGAAUGUGAAGAGAGAUUAAAACAUUUUGUUAAUUUAAUGACCAUCAUCAGCUAUUCACAGCCACGGAAAUACACGUCUCACAAAAGGUUGUUGGAAAAAAGGACAAAAGUGCGUGCAAUUUGGGUAUCCAGUCAUCAAUGAAUUUUAAUAGAUAAAUAUAUUCAUCAAACUGGCUAUUCCUUGCACUCACAGUGACGUUUACUAGAAACAGCUAUACAUAUAUAUAUAUGUAGUGGUGUUGAACUUUGUGAUGCAAGAGUCACUGUAAGUACUGACUAUCAACUGUGUUAUGACUAUCCCAAAGUUAAGAGAACCAUUGAGAUAUCAGUCCUUUGCUGAGAGGUGUAAGGGGGGCCCUGCUUGUGUAUUAUGCACAUUGAAAAACAGAAAUUAUGCAUUACAAAAAAAUCAGAUAAAACAACUUUAAGGUUCACAUAUUAUGAAAAGCAAAAACUGUGCAGUUUCAGGGUUUUAAUUUCGUAUUUCCAUUGGUCAUGAAAAUUAAAAACUCUAAAUCCUGUCUCACACUUUCCCUUUUAGCUUUAAUGAAAUUUUAGGUUUCUUCUCAACUUUAUGUGAAGGUUGCAAAUUGCUAAAUUUCUCAUGAAGCCUACAAGUGCAUAAGUCAUCUUUGGGGAGCUUUGUUCCAUUCAGUUUUCGGAGUAUUCUUGGAUAGGAGCAUUUCUGUCUUUCCCUAGGGAGUGCAAAAUGUCUUCCUGUAAGUUUGAAAUCCAGUCCAACAGAUAAAAACAUGAAAAAAGAAGAGAACAGUAAGAAGAGGAGAGACUGUAAAGGGUUUUGUAGCCCUCUUUACCAUCCCAAACAAUGUGUAAAUUGAAUGGACUUUAUUUGGUAACUGAUCAAGUAAAAUGGUGUUUUGGCAUUGAAUUGUCCUGAUGUCUUCUCUAAAUUUCUUCUGUGGCAGAUGAUUAAAGUUUCAAAACAUUCUGGUGAUGUGUUUCAAAUCCUUAAUAUUUCCUAGAAUUCAAUAAAAGUUGUGGAGAAUGGA